GUCCAUGUGACACUUUUCGAACAGAUCCUUUUAAAAAUUCACUGAUAAAGUCACGUGAUUUCGAACUUUAAAAGGCGCACUGACCAAUCCCAACCAGUUCGGAUUCGCACUCAGCCAACAGCACCAUGAAGUUCCUGUUCAUUCUGUCCGCUGUUUUUCUAACCACGGCCCAGGCCAACUUCUUCACCGAUCUCGGUCAAGGUCUCACCAACUUCUUCAAGACCCUUGGGCAGAGCAUCUUGCGCCAACUGGACACUACUGGAGUUCAACUUCUGAACGCUAGUGUCGCAGCAGGGAAGACCCUUAUAUCUCAAGGAAUUCAAGCCCUGGCUCUGAAUACUGCAAAUGCUCUUGCAAAAACAGGUCGAGAUAUACAGCUCCCUCCCAUGCUCCAGAACGUGGAGUCCUCCCUCCACAACGUUGUGGACACUCUGAUGGGUGAGAUGAAGAACGUGUUCGGCUUCCUUGGUCAAGGGUCUGCAGGGCGUCAUGGACAAGCUCGCACAGCUGGAUGUCACUCCCCAGGAGGUCAUCACGGAAGUCGACAAGCUUGUCAACACCCACAACCUUGUUGCUGAUUCCUUCCUGAAGACCAUCAAGGACAAGGCUGAGGAGGUCAUCUCCAGCCUCAUCAAGAGCAAGAGGAACGCCUUCACAGACUUCUUCGCGGGCAUUGGGGAGAGUCUGACCAAAACCUUCAAGCCAAUGGUGGAUGGUCUCAAGUUGCUUGCUACUACAGCGGGAAGUGCCAUCAAGAGCGGGGCUACCAACCUCCUCCAAAAGGCCAAGGACUCCGUCGCCCAACUGGGACAGAAGCUCCAACCCAAAAUCGAAAACGUCGGCACCCAGCUGGGCACCCUCGUCAUGCAGGGCUCUAACGCCGUGAACGCCUUGAAGCAAGCUGGCAGCGACAUCCUUCAGCAAACCCUCACCAACAUGAAGGAGCCCGCUAACAAGAUUGCCCAGACCGUCGUAGAUGCUGGAAAAACCGUAGUCGGACACGUCGGUGGGGCUCUCCUUGGCACCAACACCGAUCCGGACGCCACAACCGUAGCCCCUUCCACAUAGUCUGUUAUCAGUUUUUGUGGAAUAAAUACUUAACAAAG